UUGGGUCUCAAGUGUCCAGAGUGGGCUAUCUACACCCUCAGCGCCCCAUCCCCUCUCUCUCUUCCUCUUUCGCUUUCUCUCUCUACUAACUUUCUAGAGAGAGGCGCCCUCUCCUCACUCAUGAACAUUUUCUGAGCAAAAUCCAAUCACAAUUUUCUGUCCAUCCAAACGCACCACCAACAAUGUCUCACGCGGUGUUUCACACGGCGCAAAUCAUGCCUAUGAACUCACAUGUCAACGCCAACACCUUGUCCUCUAAACCCUCCCUCCCGCCUCUCCCCUUUAUCCACCACCGCCGUCGCCGCUUCCUGCCGAUUAGGGCCUCGGCGUCCCCCGCCGAGGUGGACAGCGACUCCGUCUCUAUGCUAGAGCGCUGCUUUGCGGCCCCCGCGGCUUCGAAUUCUUCGUCUCCUUCUUCCUCGGCUUCGUUGGGUCCGGUUAUGAAGGGGCAGUACGGUUCCCUUGGCGCCGUGACGCUUGAGAAAUCCAAGCUUGACACGACGCAAAAGCAAACCAAGUCGAGCCCUGAGCUAGAUGUUGGGGGAGGUAGUGGAGGUAUUGGAAAGAAAAUCAAUCAUGGUGGUGGUGACGGAGGCGAUGAUGAUGGUGAUGAUGAUGAUUACUUUGAUGACUUUGAUGAUGGUGAUGAGGGAGAUGAAGGCGGAUUGUUUAGGAGACGGAUACUUCUUGAAGAGCUAUUUGAUCGUAAAUUUGUGGAUGCUGUGUUAAAUGAAUGGCAAAAGACGAUGAUGGAUUUGCCUGCUGGGUUUCGGCAGGCUUAUGAAUUGGGAUUGGUUAGCUCAGCUCAAAUGGUAAAAUUCCUUUCAAUCAAUGCCAGGCCAACAAAACUUUUCUCCUGAUAUAUCAAUGAUGUACUGCACAGGUUGCUGGCAGAUCCUGCAUUCAUGUAUAGGUUUCUAUUAGAGGAAGCUGCUACAAUAGGUUGCUCAGUAUGGUGGGAACUUAAAAAUCGGAAGGAUAGGAUAAAGCAGGAGUGGGAUCUUGCACUAAUCAAUGUGCUGACAGUAGCAGCAUGCAAUGCAGUAGUUGUUUGGUCACUUGCUCCUUGUCGAUCAUACGGCAACACAUUUAAAUUUGAUCUACAAAAUACAUUGCAGAAGCUUCCAAACAACAUAUUUGAAAAGAGCUAUCCACUAAGGGAAUUUGACUUGCAAAAGAGAAUCCAAUGCUUUUUGUUCAAGGCUGCUGAGUUGUGCAUGGUUGGUUUAAGCACUGGUGCAGUACAGGGUGCCUUGUCUAACUCUUUGGCCCGGAAAAAGGAGGGAAGGUUAUCUGUGACAGUCCCAAGUGUGAGCAGCAAUGCACUUGGUUAUGGUGCUUUUCUUGGAAUCUAUGCUAAUCUGAGAUAUCAACUGCUAUGUGGAUUUGAUAGAGCAAUGGUUAGCCAUUUUGAUGUCAUUGGAGUCGCACUGUUCUUCAGCACAGCCUUGAGGGUCAUGAACGUUCAAUUAGGAGAAACUUCCAGGCGAGCCUGGCUUGGAGUGGAGGCAGAUCCCCUUGCUCACUCGGAUGAACUUUUGAAGAAAGUUUACAGCAGGCCUUCUGAAAAUGUAGAAAAACAGUCCUCAAGAUGGUUUAUAUCUAAGAAUGCACUUGUUUCAGGCCUUGGACUACUGGGCAUCACAAGAGAAUGCAGGUUCCGUUGGUGAUGGACAAUCGUCAGCCCCUAAAGCUCGAAGAAAAAGGAUUGUACGGAAGAAGGUUGCUGCAGGAACAGCUUAGUUUCUUCAAAUGUAAACGUAGGCAUUAUCCAAUUUUGCUGUUUGUCAUUGUUAGCUACUGCUCGGGUGUCCCUGCGGUUUCAGGCUCUGCAUACUCUGGAACCUGGAGGGGUUUGAGUGUGACUAGUGGCCCCAAAUUUUUCAUCACGCUAAAGCUUGAGGGGGUUUUAUUGUUUUCAAAUUUUUUUCCCGGAUUUUUAUAUCCAUAUUGUGUUUCCUAUCCGAAACUUGUAGUAAUAUUUUGAAUCUCAAAUAAAGUAGAGCUAGUUCUUUUCCCCUUUGAUCGAAA